GUCAGCAGCCCGCCGGGCUGACGACUGCCAACGGCAGCUUAUUGAGUGGCAUUUGUUAUCUGAAAACUGGAGGAUAGUCAAUUUGCCGCAGUGAGGGACGAUUGCCAUAAAAGCGGCCGUCCUGGGGCAGGACUCUCAGUACACUGUCAUCCCCCGCUGUUGCACUUCGAACGAUGUCUGAAGACAACUCUCGCGUAUGGCUCAUUACUGGGGCCUCGCAAGGUCUUGGGCGAGCUUUGCUCGACGCCGUCCUUGCGGCCAACGAACGCGCGGUCGCCACCCUCAGAAAGCCCGAGGUCCUCGCAGAGUACAAGAACAAGUACCCUGCGUCGCAGCUACUCAUCCUUCACCUCGACGUCACAUCCAUAGAGCAGAUCGACACCGCGUUUGCGAAAGUCAAGGAGCAUUUUGGCCGGCUCGACGUCGUCGUGAACAAUGCCGGCUACGCACUCGUUGCGGAGAUUGAGAACACGCCCGAAGAUGAGGGCCGCCACUGCUUCGAGACUUGCUUCUGGGGGCCGUUUCAUAUCUGCCAGAGGGCGAUUCCCUUCAUGCGAGACGUCAACCCGGCCGGUGUCGGUGGCAGAAUCCUCAACAUCAGCACCUGUGGUGGCUACUCUGCUGUCCCGACACUGUCAGUCUACAACGGCGCCAAGUUUGCGCUCGAAGGCCUGACAGAGUCGCUGAGGAAGGAGAUGGAUCCCUCGUGGAAUAUCACCGCCACUAUCAUCGAACCCGGAGGCUUCCGCACCGAGUGGGGAGGCAAAUCGCUCAAGGUGAUGCCUGUACACCCCAAGUACGCCGAUCCGAACUCGCCGUGCGCUGUAUUCAGGAAGAUGACCUUCGAUGGAUCGAUGAAACCGAUCGGGGACCCUCAGAAAGCGGCACGUACGCUCGUCAAGAUCGCUGGUCUCGCGGACGUGCCGCUUCGUCUGCAGCUCGGGACGGAGUGUAUGGUAAUUGUGGCCGGCAAGGCCAAGGAAACGUUGGCCAACGUAGAGAAGUAUGCGGAUAUCGCACACUCAACCAACUCCGAUGGAGUGGACAAGGACGCUGUGUUGAGUAUGUUCGCGAUGUACGUUGCUAAGUCUGAGUAGUAGAAGCGUGCGCCCUGUCGUUUCUGUUCUGUAUCGC